AUGUUUGACGGCACAAUUUCUCCCUUUGCUAGAUCCGAUCUGUCCGAUCUUUUGAACAUGAGAUCUAUGUGUAACAAACCCAGCUCCCUGGGCCUGCUGCUCUGUGGCAAACAACACACGAAGCAUCGAUCGGUUCUAGAAUCUUAUGUUCAUCGCCAAAUACGAUCCACCCGAGAUCACGUAUCUGACGAAACACGACGCAAGAUACCAGAUCCAAGAUACCACGUAGUUGAGGAAGAGUGUGUGUCCCUGAAAGAAGUCAUAGUCUCUCUUUCAUCCGGUAUCUUCUUACUCAACUAG